AUGUCCACCGAAACCAUUAUUCGUCAGCUUACACCCUCGGUCUGCAUAUUCUCCCGGCCUUUCAAGAGAUUCGGCAUCCUACCUGUCGGUGGGAGAUCAACAGCAGUCAAACUCAGGAAUGGAGACAUCUGGGUCCUCGCUUCAACCACUCUAGACGAGCCCACAAAGGCAAAGAUUGACGAAAUGGGCAAUGUCAAAUAUAUUGUCGCAGCAGAUGCAGAACACGACUCAUUCCUCUCCGAGUUCACAAAGGCAUACCCUGCAGCCCAUCUUAUCGGAGUUGAACCUUUGGCCAAGAAGCGAACUGACCUUCAUUUCCAUGGUGCGUACGGCAAAGACCCAGAAGGAACAAAAUAUGGCUACGAGCCCGAGAUUGAGGCUUGCUAUUUUCCGGAAACUCCAAACAGCGAUGUUGCAUUCUUCCAUGCCGAGUCCAAGAGUCUCAUCGAAGCAGACCUUCUCUGGAACCUUAAAGGCAGUAGUCCAUCACUAUUCUCCCUCAAUUUUGACCCAGACUCUACCCUCCACAAAAAGUUUGCCCAGUUCGCGACAUCUGACAAGGCCGCUACCAAGAUAUUAGCGCAAAGAGUCGCCCAAUGGGACUUUGACAGGAUUAUUCCUUGCCAUGGAGAAGUAAUUGAGACAGGAGGAAAGAACGCCUGGAAGGCAGCAUAUGAGGCAUUCUUUAAGUAG